AUGGAUCCAGUUGACUCAAUUGAGGCAUUAGAAGAAGAGACAGAUGACUCGAUAGAAGUAUCGAAUGAAGAUAUUUAUAGUUUAACAAAUGCAUCAGAUGAUGAUGAUGAUAAUUCAGUAAACGUAUCAGAUGAUGAUAAUUCAGCAAACGUAUCAAAUGAAGACAAUGAUUUUUCAUUAGUAAUAUCAUAUAGAGAUGCUAAUAUUUCAUCCAAUGAUGAUUCUGAUUCCAGUUGUGGAAUCUGGGAUAAAAGUUGCAAUUGGAAAAUUGCAUACUUGGAUGAAGAGAGAUUAAAAAUUCGUAAAGAAUUUGAAGAAGCUGAUAAAUUUAUUCCUCAAAUUGCUUCGGUUGCUUAUUCUGGUUCACAUCCAGAAGCUGUAUGGACGAGUCGUCUUUUCUACUUUCCGGACCUUGCAGACAACUUAUCGAAAUUAACACUUUAG